AUGCGGCUGAAAUUAAUGUUGCUGCUGUGUCCAAUAGUGUGUGAAACCAAUUCCAUCAACUGCACCGUAUACAACGAUCCCUUUCCUAUUCUUCACAAAUUUUAUCAGCCAGGGGAUUUAUUUAUUGGUGGGAUCGCAUCUCAAGUUGCAGUACCAAAUAGCCUUCUGUCUUUUGUGGAACACCCUACAAGAAUGGUGAUUGAAGACCCUGCGUUAGUAACAAAACACUACCAGCAUAUCUUGGCCAUGGCAUUUGCUGUAAAAGAAAUAAAUGAGAAUCCCAACUUCUUAUCCAACAUUAGUUUGGGCUUCUAUAUCCUCAAUAGUAGCAGUGCUGGAAGGAUGACAUAUAAAGCCACUCUCAACCUUCUUUCAGCACACCAGAAGAUGGUACCCAAUUUCAGCUGUGCUACACAGAAGAUGUUUGUAGCACUCAUUGGAGGACUUUUCUCUGAAGUCUCUGUUAAUAUUGCCGAUGUUGUGAACAUCUACAAAACUCCACAGGUCCACACAUUGUUGAGGGGCAUCUUGUUCAAUAAUAGUGCUGGAGACAUGGUGCAUUUUGAUAAAUACAAUGAAUUAGUUGCAGGUUUUGAUGUUACCAACUGGGUUACCUUCCCCAAUGGCUCAUUUGUUAGAGUAAAAGUGGGAACGCUGGAUCCUCAUGCCCCUCCAGGCAAUGAAUUACAUCUUAAUGAUGCCCAGAUAGUGUGGCACAGAAGUUUUAACCAGGUGGUGCCUCUCUCUGUGUGCAAUGAUCCCUGCCUUCCUGGCUACAGCAAGAGAAAGAAAGAGGGAGAGAAAUUUUGCUGCUAUGAUUGUUUUCUGUGCCCUGAAGGGGUGUUCUCUGACCAGAUGGACCUGGAAGCCUGUGUCAAAUGUCCAGAUCAUCUUUAUCCCAGCAGAGAAAAAAAUCAAUGCAUCCCCAAGAAUAUAAACUACCUCUCUUACCAAGGAACUCUAGGGAUGGUGUUAGCUUUGUCGGCUAUUUCUUUAUCUAUGGUGACAGUCCUGGUACUUGGAACUUUCAUUCAGCAUAUGAAUACGCCUGUUGUCAAAGCCAACAACCGUAGCCUCACCUAUAUUCUUCUCAUCUCUCUCCUGCUUUGCUUCCUCUGUUCAUUGCUCUUCAUUGGGAAACCUGCAAUCGUGACCUGUCUGAUCCGACAAGUGACAUUUGGCAUUGUUUUCUCUCUGGUCCUUUCCAGUGUGCUGGCCAAAACCAUCACUGUGGUUCUGGCCUUCACGGCCACCAAACCAGGAUCCAGAAUAAGGAAAUGGGUGGGCAAAAAAAUGUCACAUUCUAUUGUCCUUUCUGGUUCCUUAAUUCAAACAGCUCUUUGUACUCUUUGGCUCAGUACUUCUCCACCCUUCCCAGAUCAGGAUAUGCACUCAGUGCCUGGAGAAAUCAUACUUCAGUGUAAUGAAGGUUCAGCCGCCAUGUUUUACUGUGUCAUAGGCUAUAUGGGCUUCCUUGCCAUUGUCAGCUUCACCGUGGCUUUUUUAGCCAGGAAAUUACCGGACAGUUUCAAUGAAGCCAAAUUCAUUACUUUUAGCAUGUUUGUCUUCUGCAGUGUUUGGUUGUCUUUCUUCCCAACUUAUUUGGGCACUAAAGGGAAAUUCAUGGUGGGUGUGGAGGUCUUCUCCAUUUUGUCAUCUAGUGCUGGGGUGCUGGGUUGCAUCUUUUCCCCAAAAUGUUAUGUCAUUUGGCUGAGGCCAGAGCUGAACAACAGGGAUCAGUUAACUAGGAAACUAUGA